GCCAGUUAGCUACCAAGCGUUGUACGCAUGCAAACAAAACGGCGGCAGACGGUGACAGAAACCUGGAUGCUGAUAUCUUGCAGAGGAGAUCACAUGUGGCCUCCUGCUCCCAUCUAAUGUGAUCCUCUCCAGCUCUGAAGUCCAGUGACUCUGAAACCAUGUCCAGCCAGACUGGAGUAACACCCUCCCUGCGCUUCGGCCAGGUAGUCAUUGGACCCCCGGGUUCAGGAAAAACCACUUACUGUCAGGGGAUGCAGGAGUUCCUGACUAAUCUGGGACGCAAGGUGGUUGUGGUGAACAUGGACCCUGCCAAUGAAGGACUACCGUACAGCUGUGCGGUGGAUAUCUCAGAGCUGGUCACCCUGGAUGAUGUCAUGGAGGGUCUGAAGCUUGGGCCCAACGGUGGGCUCCUCUACUGUAUGGACUAUGUUGAGGCAAAUCUGGACUGGUUAGAGAGCAAGCUGAAACUGCACGGUGACUGUUACUUUUUGUUUGACUGUCCUGGACAAGUGGAGCUCUAUACCCACCAGAGUUCAGUCAAAAACAUAUUCUCACAGCUCGCCAAGUGGAAUUUUAGGCUCACAGCAGUGCACCUCGUGGACUCUCACUACUGUGCUGACCCAGCCAAGUUCAUCAGUGUUCUGUGUACCUCACUGUCCACCAUGCUGCAUGUAGAGCUUCCACACGUCAACAUCCUCUCCAAGAUGGACUUGAUUGAGCAGUAUGGCAAACUGGCCUUCAACCUUGAUUUCUACACAGAGGUCAUGGACCUGACCUACCUUCUUGAUCACCUGGCUGCAGACCCCUUUUUUAAAAAAUUCCACCAUCUAAAUGAAAAGUUGGCAGAGGUCAUACAAGAUUACAGCCUCGUCUCCUUUGUGCCCCUCAAUGUACAGGACAGAGAGAGCAUGAUUCAGGUCUUACGAGCAGUGGACAAAGCCAAUGGCUACUGCUUUGGAGACCUAGAGGAGAGGAAUCUGCAGGCCAUGAUGUCAGCUGCUGUGGGGGCAGACUUCCAGUUCGACUCUACUCUUGGAGUGCAAGAGCGGUAUGUUGAAACCAGUGGAAAGACUGUGGAGGAGGAAAUGAUGGAUCUGUAAAUUGAGAAGCCCAAAUAAAAGGACAAAACCGGUUGCCUUUUUAGCAUCAGUAUAGCAGGGGAGUCUUGGCAACAUCCAUCUCACUUGGCCUGAAUUCUGAGGCUCUCUACAAAAGCGGUGGAGAGAUAGGAACUAAAUUUGGGUGCUGUAGAUGCUUCAAGGUUGCACCACACCUCGUAAAAAUCACAAUGAGGACGACUGAAGAGAGUAAAUGCACAGCUUCUCUUCAGUUACUAAUGAGAGCAGAGUGACUUAAUGUGUUCGUCAAAAGGAAACCUUCACUAAAUGCCAAUACAUUUACAUUCAAAAUAUAUAUAAAUGUUUAGGCCCCAAUUUUCUGUUUUGUUAGAUGUUUGUGGUCCCCAUAUUUUUAUAGAAAAUUUCCAUGGGAAGGCAUUGUGGGAAAGUCAUAUUUAUCCUAAAACAGUUAAGUGACUGCAAUUAAUCAAACAUAGUUGUAAAUCUUCUCUACGGGAAUGAAUGAACUAAAAAAUAAAAGAUUCAUGUUGAUACUC